AGUGGUGUGCGUGGGAGAGGGUAUGUUUCUCCACACAGGCCGAUGUGGAAUGCAUAGCUCCUAUGUUCCAAACUGUGCCUGAAACUCCCCAGCCGAUUCCAGCCAAGGUCAGAGGUACCAUCCCAAAGUGGAUCCGAGGAAGUCUGCUACGUAAUGGACCAGGCAGAUUUGAGUUUGGAAAUGACAAGUUCAAUCACUGGUUCGAUGGCAUGGCCUUAAUGCAUAAAUUCAACAUUGACAAUGGCUCUGUCACCUACAUGAGCAAAUUUUUGGAAAGUGACGCCUAUACAAUGAAUUUGAGCCAGAAUCGGAUUGUGGCGUCAGAGUUCGGUACAUUGGCAUCUCCAGACCCCUGCAUGUCUGUAUUUGAUCGCAUGAAAUCCAGAUUUGAUUUUCAGAAGAUAUCUACUGACAACUGCAGUGUAAAUUAUGUGAUUUAUAAAGGAGAUUAUUAUGUCAGCACUGAGACCAAUUUCAUGCGAAAAGUAGAUGCCGCAAGUCUGAAAACCCUGGACAAGGUGGACUGGAGCAAGUUUAUUGCCGUAAAUGGUGCUACAGCUCACCCACAUUAUGAUCCUGAUGGGACUGUAUACAAUAUGGGAAAUUCUUAUGGGAAAGAUGGGACACGGUACAAUAUAAUAAGAGUUCCCCCUCAAAAGUCUAGCUCAGGGGAGACUCUGGAGGGAGCCAAAGUCAUAUGUUCCAUAGAACCAGAGAGGAAAAUGAAACCUGCCUAUUAUCACAGCUUUGGAAUGAGUGAAAAUUAUGUGGUGUUUGUGGAGCAACCUCUAAGAUUGAACAUUAUAAAGUUGUUGAUCAACCAGCUAAGAGGAAAGUCCUUUGCUGGGAUCAUGAGCUGGGAGCCCGAGCUUAAUACGAUCUUUCACGUUGUUAAUAAACACACAGGAAAGAAGCACCCUGUGAGUUUUCAGACAAAAGCCUUUUUAAACUUCCAUCAAAUCAAUGCCUUUGAGGACCAAGAUUGUAUAGUGCUUGAUCUCUGCUGCCAGGAUGAUGGAGGAGCUGUGCAACUCUUCGAGUUGCAGAAUCUGCGUAAAUCUGGAGAAGCUUUAAAUGAGGUGUACAAGAGUUUCUGUAAGACUUACCCACGCAGAUUUGUCCUCCCUCUGGACACCAUUGCCAAUGGAGACAUCGCCCAGCCCCUAAACUACUCCACUGCUACUGCUGAAAAGAAAGCCGAUGGAAAGGUUUGGUGUACCCAUGAAAAUCUCCAUGACCAAACGUUGGAAAUGUGUGGAAUUGAAUUUCCACAGAUAAAUUAUGCCAAGUAUAACGCAAGAAAAUAUCGGUAUUUCUAUGGUUGUGGCUUCCAGCACCUGGUUGGGGAUUCUUUGAUUAAAUUGGAUGUGGAGACAAAGCAAUCAAAGAUAUGGAAAGAAGAUGGAUUUUACCCUUCAGAACCAAUAUUUGUGCCUUACCCAGAUUCUGUGAAAGAAGAUGAUGGAGUGAUACUUUCUGCUAUUCUUACACCUCAUCAGGAUAAAAAUACAUUUCUUUUAAUCUUGGAUGCAAAAGACUUCACAGAAAUUGCCAGAGCGGAAGUGCCUUUGCAGAUGCCUUAUGGAUUUCAUGGUAUCUUUGUACCGGAAAGAAACUGAAUGUGAACAUA